GGGACGAAUGUUACAAUCUGAAAGCUGGUACCUCUAGGAACCAAGUAGUUUCACCCAUUUACGAAGUAGAUCUGAUUGAAGUAUACCGUUCAUCUGCUAGCCGCUUUGUCCUACCCAUCCGAGGCCUGACGCAAGGGCAGGAAAACACGUCGUCAUCCACCCUCUUCUUCACUUCGUCACUGAGCUACCUAUCAGCUGCUAAAUUCCGCCAUCAACUAAUACACCGCUGGUCGCAAAAUCAUCUCACCGUCUUAAGUACAGUACGCUCUCAAAGAUCAGUGCUUGCCCAUCAAUAUCCGCUCGAUCACCGAAUACCCUAGCUGCUUGUUUCAGACUUGUUGUUAUUCAUCUUCAUCUCCAAGCCUCCAACGACCGCAUUUUCGCAUCUAGAACGUUCAACAUGUCUGCCCAAGACCGCUUCCAGCACUAUAUUCGCCAGCUCGAUGGAGAGCUUUCCAAAUACCCCGCCCUGAACAACCUCGAGAAAACCACCAACAUUCCCAAGGCAUAUGGUGCUGUCGGUCUCGCGGCCCUCUACUUCUUCUUUAUCAUCUUCAACCUUGGUGGACAGCUUCUCACCAACUUGGCUGGUUUCGCAAUUCCGUGUUACUACUCGAUCCACGCCCUGUUUUCGGCGGACAAGGAAGAUGAUACACAGUGGCUUACCUACUGGGUUGUCUUCUCUUUCCUCACCCUUGUUGAAAGCUUCGUCAACGUCAUCUACUGGUUCCCGUUCUACUUCACCUUCAAGUUCAUUUUCCUGCUCUGGCUGUCCCUCCCGGUGUUCCGGGGAGCCGACCUCGUGUUCCAUAACUUUAUGGCCCCUAUGCUGUCCAAGCACUUCGCCAACUCGUCCUCGACCGCGUCCGGCCUUCGUGCCAAGGCUCAAGGCCUCGACAAGAGCGAGUGAAGAUAUCUGCAUCAAGACCUGACAGGCAUGCCGCUGUCUUCUACCUAGAGAUCACAGCCUGAGGGCUGCUCGGCAUGUGUCGCUCUCACGCGAUUCUUUGGAGAGCAGGACCUCCAAUGAUCUUUUAUGAAUUGGCAUGAUGAAUUGGCCUUGCUAGUUAGGGUAAUGUAUUGUGCGACGGUGGACAACAGGUGAUGACUUUGCCAUACUGUGGCCCGGGAUACCAGACGGCCUAAGUAUACGCAGGAGUUCCGAUUACACCCUAUCAAAUUGUAUUUUACACUCUGAUUAGGAUCCUUGAUUACGCAAUGGGAGUAUCUUGAGAAUA